GGCUCCCGCCGCCAGUAGGGGCCGGAAGGGGCGCGCGGCCUAGGCCCGGCCUGGCCCCGCGGUGCCGCCCGCCCGCGGCCCACGCUGCUCCCGGCGUCCCGCGGCCUCCGCGGCGCUCCGGGGCAGCGCCCUGCGCCUUGUUCCCCUCAGCACCCCAUGAUCUCCCGUCCGGCUCCCCGUAACCCCCCGCUCCGCUCCUUUUCCUCUCAGCUUCCCCCGUAGCCCCCCGUGCCCGCCUCGGUGUCCCGUAGUUCCCCCCCCCCCCCCCCCCGGUGCCCGGUCCCCGCCGCCAUGAGCGAGCUGAAGGACUGCCCGCUGCAGUUCCACGACUUCAAGUCGGUGGACCACGUGAAGGUGUGCCCCCGGUACACGGCUGUGCUGGCCCGCUCGGAGGACGACGGCAUCGGCAUCGAGGAGCUGGACACGCUGCAGCUGGAGCUGGAGACGCUGCUCUCCUCUGCCAGCCGCCGCCUCCGCGUCCUGGAAGCCGAGACCCAGAUCCUGACGGAUUGGCAGGAUAAGAAGGGUGACCGGCGAUUCCUGAAGCUGAGCAAGGAUCAUGAUGUGGGCACCUCUGUCAAACAUGGGAAGCCCAAGAAGCAGAAGCUGGAGGGCAAAGGUGGCCAUGGGACUGGGCCUGGCCCUGGCCGGCCCAAGUCCAAGAACCUUCAGCCCAAGAUCCAGGAAUACGAGUUCCAGGAUGAUCCCAUUGAUGUGCCCCGCAUUCCCAAAAACGAUGCUCCAAACAGGUUUUGGGCAUCAGUGGAGCCAUACUGUGCCGAUCUCACCAAUGAGGAGGUCAGAGUCCUGGAGGAGCUGCUCAAGCCGCCGGAGGAUGAGGCUGAGCAUUACAAGAUCCCACCGCUGGGGAAGCAUUACUCCCAGCGCUGGGCCCAGGAGGACCUGCUGGAGGAACAGAAGGAUGGGGCUCGGGCGGCAGCUGCUGCUGACAAAAAGAAAGGCGUUCUGGGGCCACUGACCGAGCUGGACACCAAAGAUGUUGAUGCCCUCCUGAAGAAGUCGGAGGCCCAGCAUGAGCAGCCGGAGGAUGGGUGUCCCUUUGGGCCCCUGACGCAACGUCUCCUGCAGGCCCUCGUGGAGGAGAACAUCAUCUCCCCUGUUGAGGACUCCCCCAUCCCUGAGAUUGCCGGCAAGGACUCAGGAGCCGACGGUGCCAGCACAUCUCCCCGCAGCCAGAACAAGCCCUUCAGUGUUCCCCACACCAAGUCGCUGGAGGGGCGGAUCAAGGAGGAACUGGUGGCCCAGGGCCUGCUGGAGUCGGAGGACCGGCCGGCCGAGGACUCGGAGGAUGAGGUGCUGGCCGAGUUGCGCAAGAGGCAGGCAGAGCUGAAGGCCCUGAGCGCACACAACCGCGCCAAGAAGCAUGAGUUGCUGCGGUUGGCCAAGGAGGAGCUGCAUCGGCAGGAGCUGCGGCAGCGUGUCCGCAUGGCCGACAACGAGGUGAUGGAUGCCUUCCGCAAGAUCAUGGCUGCCCGGCAGAAGAAGCGCACACCCACCAAGAAGGAGAAGGACCAGGCCUGGAAGACCCUGAAGGAGCGGGAGAGCAUCCUCAAGCUGCUGGAUGGGUAGUGGGGGCUGAGGACCCCUGUCUGCCAUGGACCUCAGCUACGGGGGUGGUGGCCAUGGCCCAGUCACCCCCAGAGUGCCUGCAUGCCUGCAGCCUCCCAGCAUGGGAUUGAGGGGGCGCAGCCCCCGCACACCCUGGUCCUGCUCUGUCUGCCCAGCUGGGUGAUGGGUCCCGGCUGCUGUCCCCUCCCUGCAUGGGACUGUCACUGACACAAGCUGGGGACCCUGUGCAGGUGCGGGGGUUCCCUGCGGGGAAUGGCCCCUCCUGGCCCGCAGCUUCUGCUCCCGUGCACCCCCAGCACUCUCCCUGUUCUCCUGGGAAGGUGACAUCAGCCAGGCAGGGGGUGGAUGUGGUGGCUGCUGUGAGGCGGCUCCCACCGUCCCCUGUCCCUCCCCA